CUGUUGCUUUCUUGCAUACUGUACACUCUGUUGCUUUUCUGUAUACUGUACACUCUGUUGCUUUUCUGCAUACUGUACACUGUUGCUUUCUUGCAUAAUGUACACUGUGUUGCUUUCCUGUAUAUUGUACACUCUAUUGCUUUCUUGCAUACUGUACACUCUAUUGCUUCCUUGCAUACUGUACACUCUGUUGCUUUCCUGCAUUCUGUACACUCUAUUGCUUUUCUGCAUACUGUAAACUCUAUUGCUUUCUUGCAUAUUGUACACUCUGUUGCUUUCCUGCAUACUGUACACUCUCUUGCUUUUCUGCAUACUGUACACUCUCUUGCUUUCCUGCAUACUGUACACUGUAUUGCUUUCCUGCAUAUUGUACACUCUGUUGCUUUCCUGCAUAUUGUACACUAUUGCUUUCUUGCAUACUGUACACUGUAUGGCUUUCCUACA